AUGGAGCAGUCGGACACGGAGGCGUUGGACAUCAGCACCAAAGUGCAGAUUCACGGGGUGCUUUGGAAGAGGCCAUUUGGACGCCCCUCUGCAAAGUGGUCCCGCAGAUUCUUCAUCAUCAAAGACAGUUUCCUGCUUUAUUAUGCUGAAAACGAGAAGCGGAACUUCGAGGCCAACAGAUGCCUCAACAUCCAUCCAAAGGGGGUGAUUCCUUUGGGUGGAUGUGUGGUGUCUGCGAGUGAGAACUUGGGAAUGCCUUUUGCCAUCGAGAUCCACCUGGAAGACUUCUGUGGGACCAUCGUGCUGGCAGCCGAGUCUGAGCUGGAGCAGGUUCAGUGGAUGGAGAUGGUACAGGAGUCUGCAAGAGUGACAUGGAAGAAUUCUCAGCUCGGAGAAGCCAUGAUCGAAAGUCUGGAGGCACAGGGACUGCAGCUCGCCAAAGAGAAGCAAGAAUAUCUGGAUAAACUCAUGGAGGAGACGGAGGAGCUGAGCCACCAAAGAGCACAGAGAGAAGAGCUGGAGCGUAUCAACGAGAUUUUAGAGGAAGAGAAGCGUAAAUACGAAGAGGUGGUAAUGGAGCUGAAGACAGAGCAAGAGCAAAUUAAACAAGACCUGGAGGGAACGUCUCAGUCGUUGAAGGGAGUGGAGCAAGAGAAAAGGGAGCUGAGCAGUCUGACGGUCAUGUUACAGAAAUCUAUUGAGGAGCUUUCCGUGGAGAAACAGCGCACACUGGAUCUCCUCGGAGCCAAAGAGCAUCAGGAUAACAAGCAACAAAACACUGAGGACCCUGAGGACCCUGCAGAACCUGACGCAGAGGAAGAAGAAGUGGACACAACUCUGCUCCUGGACCUCAAGCACAUUGAAGACCAAAUGAAAGUGUUGCUCAAAGAAAAAGACCAGGCCGAACACAAGCUCCAGGAGAACGAGCAGAAGUCGGUGGUGCUGCAGCAGGAGAGAGAGUUUUAUUCAUCACAAGCUCAAACUCUGCAGCAGUCUCUGUCUCAGCUCACAGCCGACAAGCAGCAGACUGAGGCCGAGCUCAAGGUUGAGAUUGAGUCGCGGGUGGAGUUGGAGCACAGGCUGAAGUCGGCUGAGGAGGCGUUGGAGAAUUUGGAGAAAGGCCUGAGCUGUUUGGACCGAAGCCAAGAGAGCCACGAGAGAAUGAAAGGGGACGUCACUCAGCUCAGGAAGUUUUUUGAGGAGUGCAUCUGUGCAGCUGAGAUUGAGGCGAAGCUGCCAGCCAUCAUGAAGAACGCGGUGUAUCUUCACAAAGCUGCGGCGCGGAGGAUAAAGAGCUGCAGGAUUCAGAGGAGGGCCUCCAAACGCCACUGGUUGAAGCACUCCAGGUCCUUUGCCGUGGCCAACGAUGACGCCGGGGAGAUGGAGGAGCUGAAGGCGACGGCCCGAAGACUCACGUCAGACAGCACCUUCAGAGAAAGUGUGUACAAGAUCAUCACACGCAAUGAAGGACCUAACGGGACGAAUGUGUAA